AUGGCCGCUCCGUCCAGUGGCUGCUUUCCAAUGUGGUGCCCUUCCUUGCGGAAAGUGGGCCUCAAACCCUCCAAGGUUGUGCUGGAGAUGGAGGCAGGGCCUGGGCCAGACUCCGAGAGGAGCGGGUCGCAACUGCCCGAAGGGCCAGACCCGGAGCACGUCGUGGCCUCACAGCAGGAGAGUGAGAGUCCCCUGGGGUCAAGUCAGCAACCUCUGCCAGCGACAGAGUCAGAAACCCAGCUGCUGGGGGGGCCCCGCUGCCAUACCGACUGCCUGGAGGCGCCUCUCUCCCGGGCCUUCCGAAGGCUGGGGUGGGAGGUGGGCUCGCACCCCUGGAUCUUCCUGCUGCUGCCUGUGAUUCUAACGGCCAUCCUGGGCACUGGCCUGAUCUACCUGCCCGAGGGCAAAGAAAACCUCGAGGAGCAUUACACCCCCAUAGGGAGCCCGGCCAAGGCCGAGCGGCGCUUUGUGCAGAAGCACUUCAUCGCCAAAGACCGUGACCACUUCUCUGUCUCCAGGCAGAGCACUGAGGCCAGUUACGCAUCAAUUCUAGUGGUCUCCAACAGCAACUCGCUGCUGGAACAAGACGUCCUUUCGGAAAUCAGUCAGCUGGACGAGAUGGUGCAGGCUUUGUCUUUGACCAACGAAAAUGGAACCCAGAUCCACUACCAACAGGUGUGUUCUUUGAACCAGGGCCACUGCGUGCCCUCCAACCCACUCCUGUUAGCCUGGAAAAUGAACAGUAACCUCAACCUGAGAAACAUCACCUUCCCCAUCUAUGCGCUAGGCUAUCAGAUCCUCUACCUGGCCAACCUUCUUGGAGGAACGGUCUUAGGUGACAGUGUGGGACGGAGCCAGUUACUUCUGGAGGCCAAAGCCAUGCGACUGCAGUACUAUCUGAAAACCGAUGACGCAGAGGAUAACGAGCGCAGCAAGGCGUGGUUGAUGCAUUUCCUGCAGGAGUUCAGCAACAUGGAAAAGAGUCUGGCCUUGAAGAAGAUCCAGGUGGUCUACUUUACGUCACUUUCUAGACAACUGGAAUUUGAGGCAACUUCUAGGACAGUGAUCCCUCUGUUUUACAUGGCGUACCUUCUAAUCGUACUAUUUGCAAUCACAUCAUGCUACAGGUGUGACUGUGCACGAAACCAAAUGUGGGUGGCAGCCUUUGGAGUGAUUUCUGUCGCCUUGGCAGUGGUGAGCAGCUUCGGCUUGUUGUUGUUCAGUGGGGUGCCAUUUGUGACCAUAGUUGCAAAUUCACCAUUCCUUGUUCUAGGUGUUGGGGUCGAUGACAUGUUUAUCAUGAUUUCUGCCUGGUGGAAGACCAACAUCACGGAUAGCAUAAGAAAGCGGAUGUCCGACGUCUAUUCAGAAGUGGCAGUGUCCAUUACAAUCACCACUGUCACCAACGUCCUGGCCUUCUAUACAGGGAUUAUGACCUCUUUCAGGUCCGUACAAUACUUUUGCAUCUACACGGGAACAACCCUAUUCUUUUGUUAUUUAUAUAACAUCACCUGUUUUGGAGCAUUUAUGGCCCUGGAUAGUAAAAGAAAUGUGGUCUGUCUACACUGGUUGAAGAAGCCAGAAACUCCUGACCAAAAAUAUUCCUCAUUAAAAAAGUGCUGUUGUUUCCCAUACGGUUCUCUCCCAGAUGAACAUCAGACAGGUGCCCACCCAAUGAGUCUGUUUUUUAGAGACUACUUUGGUCCUUUCCUCACCAGCACUGUGUCCAAGUGUUUUGUAGUGCUUAUAUACGUGUUGUAUAUUGUGAGCAGUAUACUUGGGUGUUUCCAAGUGCAGGAAGGUUUAGACCUUCGGAAUUUAGCAAGUGACGACUCCUACAUCACACCAUAUUUCAAUGUAGAAGAAGAGAAUUUUUCAAGUUACGGUCCCAGAGUUAUGGUUAUCAUUACUGAACCUCUUGACUACUGGGAUAAAGAUGCUAGGCAAAAGCUGGAAAAGUGUCUGGCAGAUUUUGAAAACAGUGACUAUGCAGAUAGAAAUCUUACAGAGUUUUGGUUACGAGACUAUGUGCAAUUUAUGGACAGUCACCACCAAGAUAUAAAUAAUAAGAAUUCUUUUAUACACAAUAUUCCCAGUUUUGAAUCAGAUUUUCCACUUUUUAUGUAUGAUAUUAAUAUUACAUCAGAUGAAAUCAUUUGCUCCCGGGCCUUCAUUCAGACCAUGGGUAUUUCUUCUUCAACCAAUAAGAAGCUGAUGUUACGCCAGUUCCGAGAUUUGGCUGAAAAGUGUGAAAUUCCCCUAAUGGUGUAUAACCAGGCAUUCAUAUAUUUUGAUCAGUAUGCUGCAAUAUUAGAAAACACGAUUCAAAAUGUAAUUGUUGCAUCAGCAGCCAUGUUAAUUGUUUCCUUAUUGUUAAUUCCACACCCUCUCUGUUGCUUGUGGGUAACUUUCUCUAUUGCUUCUGUGAUUGUGGGAGUAACAGGUUUCAUGGCGUUCUGGAAUGUCAACCUUGACUCCAUAUCCAUGAUUAAUCUUGUCAUUUGUAUAGGGUUUUCUUUUGAUUUUUCUGCGCACAUUUCCUACGCAUUUGUUUCCAGUUCAAAGCCCUCAGUAAACCAAAAAACCAUCGAGGCAUUGUAUCUGCUAGGCUACCCCGUGUUACAAAGUGCAGUUUCAACAAUAAUAGGGGUGUGUGUCUUAUCUGCAGCUAAAGCAUACGUCUUCAGGACAUUUUUUAAGAUUAUGCUUCUUGUUAUGGUAUUUGGAGCUGCUCAUGGCCUAAUUUUUAUUCCUGUAUUCCUAACCUUUUUUUUUUAAGUUCGUUUGAAUAGCCACUAACAAAUCAAAGACCAAUUACGGAAUUAUUGCCCCAAUCCAAUCUGAUAAAAAUGCACUAUUAAAAAUAGUUUAUAAACUAAAAACAAAGGCAUGUUGCCUUGGCUUGGAAAUCCCAUUUUAAGAUAUCAUUUAAAACAUCCUGAGAAAAAUUAGCUAGUCUUACAUUGCAAUAUGUUUACAAAUUACAAACUGUUGUCAUCUUUAUUAUGGUCUAUACAAGGCAUAAGGUAUAACUUUCCGAUUAUUAUUUCCUGCUAUUUCAUCGUUAGAAGCUUAUGUCUGUAAUACAGAUAUUUUAUGUAUUACACUAUAUAAAUGGAAUAUUAUUUUCAUUGUACUUCCUAUAUACAUUCGUAUGUAAAAGUGCAACUGAUUACUAUUUAUUCUCCCAGUCUGAGGUUUUUCUGUGCAUUUUCUUUUUUUUAAUCAUUAAUUAAAAAUUUGUAUAAAUGAUUAAUGCUAAUGAUAAUCAUUAUCAUCAUCAUCAUCAUGUCUGACUUUGGGACUUCUCAGUGCCUUACACUUGCUCAUCAGGACAUCAGGUGCUAAGGAUUUUCUUGUGUGGGUGGGUUCAAUUAAGCCCCAAAGUCCAAAUAAAUUUAAAUCAACAGAACUCCAGAUUAAACACCAUUUUCCAAACACUGAAUUAUUUUAAACUCCCAAGUAACAGUUCAUGUUUUUAAGAGAUUUCAUUCAGCUUCCACGGCAAGACAUGAAUUUUUUUUUUCCCUUUUCCAUUAAAAAAAAUCCUCAUCAAUCUCUGGCUGGUGACAAAUGAGCAUCAAUUGACAAGGAAUUUGCUUCUGCUCUACUUUAAUAAUGUCUGCGAUUUCUGUAGUAAUUUAGAAUAGG